CUAGAACCUUCCCAAUUACGGUAUAAUUUCCAAUUUUCCAUUUUAAAUUAUAAACUGGUUGUUUUUAUUAACAAUUUAUAAUAAAACACCUUAAAUUUCUAAAUAAUUAAAUUUAUUAGUUUAAUGGAAAAUCUCUUAUUUUACUUCAUAUAUAUCUUCCUAAUAAUUAAUUCCGAGAUAAUCUAAUAUUUUUUCCAUUAUACCUUUAAAAAGCUUAUAAAAAAUAUAGUUUUGGCCAUUAUUAUUGACUAUAGUAUCGAAGUUAAAAUUAUUUUUUUGGUUAUAUUUAUCUAUUAAAACCGCAUUUAUUUUUAUACUUUUUUCAAAUAAUGUAUUCUGUAUAUUCAAUAAUUCUAUAUUUAAUUUAAUUUAUCCUGUCCCUAGCAUUUAUUAAUUAAAAGAACCAUGUGAGUAUUACAUUUAAUUAAAAUAACAGAUUAAAUUCAUAUCUAUCCAGUCAUAAUCUUCAUUAUUUUUUGGAAAAAAUUUCGUUUCUUUCUCUUAUUAUUAUUAAUGUCGCCAUUAAUUGCAUAAAAAAUCAGCAUUUGCUUACUCUAAAUAAUAUGUAAAGUAGUUAUUUUGUUAGUUUUUGUUGAAUAUUAAUUACUUUUCAUAUAUAGGGGGAUAGUAAUAAUAAAUUAAUAUUGUUGUUAUGUAUAUUGAGAUGAAUGAAUAUUUCAUUAGCUUA